AUGAUUUUGAAUGAUUUCAGUCAACGAGUUCAUACAACUUUAUCUAUUUGUGUUGAAACGGUGGAUUUCGAUGCGGUCGCGUGCACACUUCAUUUGAAGGGUAAAAACGUUGUCGAAAAUGAACACGUCAAAAUGGGUCAAUACCACACACUCGAUCUUAUGCUCGGCAAAAAAUUUCAACUUUAUAAACCAUGUUGGGACAUUGUGGAUAUGGAUCGUUUGAAUAUGGCUCUCGACGUGACACAGCAUGCCGAUGUGGCUGCAGUUGUUAUGCACGAAGGUCUUGCGCACGUUUGCCUUCUGACCGCAUCGAUGACAAUUGUUCGAGCGAAGAUCGAUAUGCAGAUACCACGGAAACGGAAGGGUUUAUCGGGUCAUCAC